UCUCCCUACCUUUUAUAUCUCAUCACCCAUUAACCUUUAUUCUUCACUUCUAAAACCAUACCCCAAAAUCUCCACAAGCCAUAGAGCUCUCCACGCCGGCUGGCGAGGUCCCCCGGACCUCCUUGGGAAAGCUGAAUCCAUGUCCUAUCCCGGCCACUCGCCACCACCACCACCACCACCAUUACCCUCCCCACCUCUUACCUUGUCGCCACCACCACGAGAAAAACUACAAACUCCUCCGAUUCCUCUCUACAAGCAGCAAUCAUGGUCACCGGACAUUAUCCGAGACGAGGCAUGGCUCAGAAAGAAAGGAAACAGAAAGAACCGGCGAAGCAAGAGCGUGACAGACGAAGAUCUUGAUGAGCUCAAGGCAUGUAUUGAGUUGGGGUUCGGGUUUGAUUCCCCUGAAGUAGAUCAACGUUUGUCGGAUACUUUGCCUGCUCUUUGCCUUUACCAGGCUGUUAACAAGAACUACAACGACGCCAUCUCAAAGCAUACGACGCUGUCUCCGUCAGCCGCAUCGGAUUGUGAUAGCAACAUUUCAUUCCCUAUAGGUAGCCCCCACGCCAUCUUUGGCCCCGCUGAUAAUCCAAAGAUGGUGAAGACAAGGCUGAGACAAUGGGCGCAGGUGGUUGCUUGUUCCGUGCGGCAAAGCUCAUGAGUAUGUAAUGGAUGUUUUGAUGCCUUUUAGCUUAUGGAAAACAAGAAAGCGCUGAAGUUGUCAUCAAUGUAACCGAACAUCAACAAACUACAAUUAUGAUGUUCGGUUAGAAUUUUUAUAAAAAGGAAAACCCAGUUUUACAUUGUUUAAGGUACUUUACUUUCUGCUGGACUUAUGAUUGCAGCUCUUUAUUU